UGCAAGAAACUUAAAGCUGUGACCCUUUCCUGCUUUUCAGUUUGAGUCCAGAGCCUCGAGCGCUGCUGCCAUUGAUGCCGCAGGAAAGCAGGAGGAGCCGCUGGCUAAGUUGACUGGAGGGAAAGUGAAGGACGUCUCCAAAGAGACUGACGUGAAUAUCCUCAAGAACUUGAUUGCAGAGCUGCAGAAAGAGAUGACAGAGCUGGAGAAGCGUGGAGACGAGUUGGAGGCUGAAAUAGAAGCCAAGAAAGCCAAAUACCUGGAGGAGAUAGAGGAGCUGGAGAAUUACAUUUGUCAGCUGGAGGAGGAGGAGGCUGAUCUUCAGUUCCAGAUGAAGGAUCAGAGUGGGGACUAUGAAGAACUGCUGAAUCAGAAGAUGAAUCUAGACAUCGAAAUUGCUGCUUACAGGGGUUUGGUUGAAGAAGAGGAGGAGAGACUGAGCUGCCUGUAAGAUGCAAAAAGAGGUGAUGCUCUUCUCUGGACUGAAGCGGACACAAAGAAACACUAAAACCACAUACAAUUCCACCCUUAACAGUGAGUCUCACAAAUCAGGAAAGCAAAGAAAACAGCUGUCAGACACACUUAACCUUCUGAGCAGAUGUAAACCUUCACUGAAAGAUGAACUUCAGGGAGUUCGUGCAAGCUCAUUGAUAACGGGUCAGUGGCAGGUAACCCCGGGUCUUCAAGAAACACUGGAUCUGUGCAGCAGUGGGAGUGUGUUGAUCGUGAUGGGGGGUUUUCAGCACUGGAAUCUUCUACUUGGAGUUUCAUAGUCCUUGUCACUGACCCACAUGCAUACCCUACCGUUCAAAAGUUUGGGGUCUGUAAAAUUUCUUUUUUAAAGAAACAGUACUUUUAU